AUGUCUGCAAUGACGUUUACUCUCAGCUUUCUUGAGAACCCAAAGAAACAUUCUAAUUCCAUUGCAUUAGGUUCUUACCGCGAUCAACAUUUUAAGGGUGGUAGGAGUGAACAAGAACGGUAUUUACUGCACAGUACUACCCUCUAUAUUGGCAAUCUAUCCUUUUAUACCACAGAAGAACAAAUCCAUGAACUUUUUACCAGAUGUGGAGAUAUCAAGCGCAUUGUCAUGGGUUUGGAUAAAAAUACCAAGACACCUUGUGGUUUCUGUUUUGUAGAAUAUUAUGAACGUGAUGAUGCAGAAAAUGCAAUGCGUUACAUUAAUGGCACAAGGCUUGAUGAUCGUAUAAUCCGUACAGAUUGGGAUGUAGGAUUCCGAGAAGGGCGGCAAUAUGGCAGAGGAAAGACAGGAGGGCAGGUACGAGAUGAAUAUAGAACAGAUUUUGAUGAAGGCAGAGGAGGAUAUGGAAAGAUAGUUGCUGCUAGGAUGAAAGUUAACCGUGACAUAAUGAACUGA